AUGGAUUAUUAUCAAACUCCUGUUUGUGCCUUUUACAAAGGAUAUUAUAAAACGUUUGCCAGUGUACAAGCCUUAAUGUUGGAAAUACGCCAUACUGGACAAUAUUGGUGUUUAAUAAAACUAGCGCACUGUAAGACAAUUUUCGAUAAGUGUACAGAUGAAAAAAUACCCAUAUGCGCUUACUCCGAAGAUUUAGAUCAAUUUCGCACAUUUACCAAUGAAUGUCAAAUGAACAAAGAAAUACAUAAUACGGGUGUCAUUUGGAUAGCUACAUUUCCUUUUGCCUGCCCGCCAAUCGACAGCGGAUCAUUGACAACAACAACAGAUGUAACAGACACAACCACUGGUAUUGAUAGCACAACUGGUAUAGGAGAAGAAACAUCUACUACUGAAGAAGUAGAUACAACCACUGGUACAAGUGGAAUAACUGGCACAGAAAAAGAAACUUCAACCACCGAAAAACUAGACUCUACCACUGCCGCAACAACAGGUACUGAAGAGGAAACUACAACCACCGAAGCGGCAGAAACAACCACUGGUGGAACCACUGGUACAGAAGAAGAAACUUCAACCACCGAAGGGGUAGAUACUACUACAGGUGGAACAACUAGUACAGAUGAAGAAACAUCUACCACCGAAUUAGAAACAACUACAGGAAUUAAAGAUGUAACAGGCACAUUAGAACCGACAUCAACAACUGAAGAUGUGGCAACGUCUACCACUGAAAGUGUAGAAACAAGCACUGGUACUGAUGAAACAACUACAACAGAAAAAGAAGCCUCAACCACAGAUGGAGACGACACUACAACUGUAGGAGUAACUAGUACUGACGAAGAAACUUCAACCACCGAAGAAGUAGACACUACAACUGCUGUUGAUGAAGAAACUUCAACUAACGAAGGAGUCGACACAACUACUGGCACUGAUGAAACAACAGUUUCACAAGAAGAAACUACAACCACUGGUGGAACAACUGAUACACAAGAACAAACCUCAACUACCGAAGGAAUAGACACUACCACUGUCGGAACAACUGGUGCAGAAGAAGAAAUUUCAACCACCGAAGGAGUAGACACUACAACUGGCGGAACCACUAGUACAGAUGAAGAAACUUCAACCACCGAAGGAGUAGACACUUCCACCGUUGCAACAAAUGGUUCAGACGAAGAAACUUCAACCACCGAAUUAGAAACAACUACAGGAAUUAAAGAUGUAACAGAGACAUUAGAACCGACAUCAACAACUGAAGAUGUGGCAACGUCUACCACUGACAGUGUAGAAACAAGCACUGACACUGAUGAAACAACUACAACAGAAAAAGAAGCCUCAACCACAGAAAGAGACGUCACUACAACUGUAGGACUAACUAGUACUGACGAAGAAACUUCAACCACCGAAGAAGUAGACACUACAACUGCUGUUGAUAAAGAAACUUCAACUAACGAAGGAGUCGACACAACUACUGGCACUGAUGAAACAGCAGGUUCACAAGAAGAAACUACAACCACUGGUGGAACAACUGAUACACAAGAACAAACCUCAACUACCGAAGGAAUAGACACUACCACUGUCGUAACAACUGGUGCAAAAGAAGAAAUUUCAACCACCGAAGGAGUAGACACUACAACUGGUGGAACCACUAGUACAGAUGAAGAAACUUCAACUACCGAAGGAGUAGACACUUCCACCGUUGCAACAAAUGGUUCAGACGAAGAAACAUCAACCACCGAAUUAGAAACAACUACAGGAAUUAAAGAUGUAACAGGCACAUUAGAACCGACAUCAACAACUGAAGAUGUGGCAACGUCUACCACUGACAGUGUAGAAACCAGCACUGAUACUGAUGAAACAACUACAACAGAAAAAGAAGCUUCAACCACAGAAAGAGAUGUCACUACAACUGUAGCAGUAACUAGUACUGACGAAGAAACUUCAACCACCGAAGAAGUAGACACUACAACUGCUGUUGAUGAAGAAACUUCAACUAACGAAGGAGUCGACACAACUACUGGCACUGAUGAAACAGCAGGUUCACAAGAAGAAACUACAACCACUGGUGGAACAACUGAUACACAAGAACAAACCUCAACUACCGAAGGAAUAGACAAUACCACUGUCGGAACAACUGGUGCAGAAGAAGAAAUUUCAACCACCGAAGGAGUAGACACUACAACUGGCGGAACCACUAGUACAGAUGAAGAAACUUCAACCACUGAAGGAGUAGACACUUCCACCGUUGCAACAAAUGGUUCAGAUGAAGAAACAUCAACCACCGAAUUAGAAACAACUACAGGAAUUAAAGAUGUAACAGGCACAUUAGAACCGACAUCAACAACUCAAGAUGUGACAAUGUCUACCACUGACAGUGUAGAUACAAGCACUGGAACUGAUGAAACAACUAGUACAGAAGAAGAAGGAACGGACAGUACAACUGUAGGAAUAACUGAAGAAGAAACAUCAAGCACCGAAGAAGUAGACACUACCACUGCUGAAACAACUGAUACAGAAGAAGAAACAUCAACAACCGAAGAAGUAGAAACAACCACAGAUGGAAUAACUGGUACAGAUGAAGAAAUUUCAACCACCAUAGUAGUAGACACUACAACUAGCGGAACAACUGGUACAGACGAAGAAACCUCAUCCACCGAAGAAGUAGAAACAACCACUGGCCGAACAACUGGUACAGAAGAAGGAACUUCAACCAACGAAGAAGUAGAUACUACCACUGUAGAAACAACUGCCGCCGUUGAAGAAUCAUCUACCACUGAAGGAAUAGACACAACCACUGCUGCUGGUGAAACAACUGACACAGAUGAUGAAACAACUGAAGAUAUAGACACUACAACUACAGGAAUAACUGGUACCGAAGAAGAAACUUCAACCACCGAAGGGGUAGAACCUGCUACUGGUGGAACAACUGGUGCGGAAGAAGAAACUUCAACCACCGAAGGGGUAGAACCUGCUACUGGUGGAACAACUGGUGCGGAAGAAGAAACUUCAACUACCGAAGAAGUAGACACUACAACUGGCGGAACAACCGCCACUGAUGAAGACUCUUCAACAGAUACAACGACUGCCGCUGGUGAAACAACUGGCACAGAAGAAGAAACCACUGAAGAUAUAGACACUACAACUGUAGGACUAACUGGUACAGAAGAAGAAACUACCGAAGAAGUUGACACUACCACUGAUGGAACAACCGGUACAGAAGAAGAUACCUCAACAACCAAAGAAGUAGAAACAACUAUUACUGAAGAGGUAACUUCAAGCACCGAAGGGGUAGACACUACCACUGAUGGAACUAGUGCGGAAGAAGAAACUUCUACCACCGAAGGAGUAGAUACUACAACUGGCGGAACCACUGGUAUAGAUGAAAAAACUACAACCACCGAAUUAGAAACAACUACAGGAAUUAAAGAUGUAACAGACACAUUCGAAUCGACAUCAACCACCGAAGAAGUGGCAACGUCUACCACUGACAGGUUAGAUACAACUUCAACCACAGAAGGCAUAGACACUACAACUGCAGGAAUAACUGAAACCGAAGAAGAAACAUCAACCACUGAUGGAGUAGAAACUACCCCUGCUGUGACAACUGAUGCAAAAGAAGAAACCUCAACAACCGAGAAAGCCGACUCAACUACUGCUACAGAUGAAGAAACUUCAACUACUGGAGAAACAGAAACAACUACUACAGAAGAGGAAUCUUCAACCGCCGAAGCAAUGGACACUACAACUGUUGAAACAACCGACGCUGAAGAAGAAUCUUCCACUACUGAAGGGGAAGUUACAACUACUCCUGGAACAACUGGUACAGAAGAAGAAACCUCAACCACAGAAGGAGCAGAUACUACCACCGCUAGAGAUGAAGAAACUUCUACCACCGAAAGUGUAGACACUUCUACACGUGAAAUAACUAGUGCAGAAGACGUUUCUACCACCCAAGGAGUAGACACUACCACUCCUAAAACAACUAUUGCUGAUUGGGAAACAUCAACCACCGAAGCAGUAGAUACAACCACUGGCACUAGUGGAAUAACUAGUACAGAAGAAGAGACCUCAACAACCGAAAUAGUGGACACAACGACUGGUAGAGAGGAAGAAACGACAGAGAAUUUGGAAACAACCACAGGUAUUAAAGAUGUAACAGGCACAUUAGAACCAACAUUAACCACUGGAGAAGUGGUAACAUCUACCACUGACAGUGUAGAUACAAGCACUGCUACUGAUGGAACAACUGGCUCAGAUGAGGAAACUUCAACCACUAGUGAAAUAGACACUACAACAAGUGGAACAACUACAAAUGAAGGAACAACUGGUACAGAAGAAGAAACUUCAACAACUGAAGGAGUAGACACUACCACUGGUGGAGCAGCAGGUUCAGGAGAAGAAACUUCAACAACAGAAGAAGUAGGCAGUACCACUGGUAGAACAACAGGUUCAGUAGAUGAAGACACUACCACAGGUGAAACAACGAGUGCGGAAGAAGAAACUUCAACAACAGAACAAGUAGACACUACUACUGGUGGAACAACUGGUUCAAAAGAAGAAACAACUGGUACAGUGGAAGAAACGACAGAAAAUUUGGAAACAACCACAGGUAUUAAAGAUGUAACAGGCACAUUAGAACCAACAACAACCACAGGAGAAGUGGUAACAUCUACAACUGACAGUGUAGAUACAAGCACUGCCACUGAUGGAACAACUGGCACAGAUAAGGAAACAUCAACCACGGGUGAAAUAGACACUACAACUAGUGGAACAACAAGUUCAGAUGAGGAAACAUCAACAACAACUGGCACUGAAGAAGAAACUUCAACAACAGAAGGAAUAGACACUGUUACAGAAGAAGAAACUUCAACAACAGACACUACCACUGGUGGAACAACAGGUUCAGAAGAAGAAACAUCAACAACAGAAGAUGUAGACACUACCACUACAGUAACAACUGGUAAAGAAGAAACAUCUACAACAGAAGAAAAGGACACUACCACUGCUGAAACAACAGGAUCAGAAGAAGAAACAUCUACAACAAAAGAUGUAGACACUACCACUGCGGGAACAACUGGCACAGAAGAAGAAACUUCAACAACAGCAGAAAUAGACACUACCACUGGUAGAACAACAGGUUCAGAAGGAGAUACAACAAUAGAAGAUGUAGACACUACCACUGGUGGAACAACUGGUACAGAAGAAGAAACUUCAACCACAGAAGAUGUAGACACUACCACUGAUGGAGCAACUGGUACAGAAGAAGAAACUUCAACAACAGAAGAAGUAGACACUACAACUGAUGGAACAACUGGUUCAGAAGAUGAAACUUCAACAACAGAAGUAGUGGACACUACCACUGGUGAAACAACAGGAUCAGAAGAAGAAACAUCAACAACAGAAGAAAUAGACACUACAACCGCUAAAACAACAGGAUCAGAAGAAGAAACUUCAACAACAGAAGAAGGAGACACUACCACUGCGGGAACAACUGGCACAGAAGAAGAAACUUCAACAACAGAAGAAGCGAACACUACCGCAGGUGGAACUACAGGUUCAGAAGGAGAUACAACAACAGAAGAUGUAGACGCUACCACUGGUGGAACCACAGGAUCAGAAGAAGAAAUAUCAACAACAGAAGAUGUAGACACUACCACUACGGGAACAACUGGUAAAGAAGAAACAUCAACAACAGAAGGAGUAGACACUACCACUGCUGAAACAACUGCUACAGAAGAAGAAACUUCAACAACUGAAAGAGUAGACUCUACCACUGGUGGAACAACGAGUGCAGAAGAAGAAACUUCAACAACAGAAGAAGUAGACACUACUACUGGAGGAACAACUGUUUCAAAAGAAGAAACAACUGGUAUAGAAGGAGAAACAACUGGUAAAGAAGAAGAAACCUCAACCACAGAAGGGGCAGACACUACCACCGCUAGAGAUAAGGAAACUUCUACCACCGAAGGGGUAGAUACUUCUACUGGUGAAACAACUAGUGCAGAAGACGUUUCUACUACCCAAGUAGUAGACACUACCACUUCUGAAACAACUAUUGCUAUUGAAGUAACAUCAACAACCGAAGUAGUAGAUACAACCACUGGCACUAGUGGAAUAACUGGUACAGAAGAAGAGACCUCAACAACCGAAAUAGUGGAUACAACGACUGAUAGAGAGGAAGGAACGACAGAGAAUUUGGAAACAACCACAGGUAUUAAAGAUGUAACAGGGACAUUAGAACCAACAUCAACCACAGGAGAAGUGGUAACAUCUACCACUGACAUUGUAGAUACAAGCACUGCUACUGAUGGAACAACUGGCACAGAUGAGUCAACCACGGGUGAAGUAGACACUACAACUAGUGGAACAACAAGUACAGAUGAGGGAACAUCAACAACAACUGGUACUGAAGAAGAAACUUCAACAACGGAAGAAGUAGACACUGCUACGGAAGAAGAAACUUCAACAACAGAUGGAGUAGACACUACAACUGGUGGAACAACAGGAUCAGAAGAGGAAACUUCAACAACAGAAGAAGUAGACACUACCAAUGGUGGAACAACAGGUCCAGAAGAAGAAACAUCAACAACAGAAGAUAUAGACACUACCACUGCAGGAUCAACUGGUAAAGAAGAAACAUCAGCGACAGAAGAAAUAGACACUACCACUGCAGAAACAACAGGAUCAGAAGAAGAAACAUCUACAACAGAAGAUCAUGACACUACUACUGCGGGAACAUCUGGUGCAGAAGAAGAAACUUCAACAACAGCAGAAGUAGACACUACUACUGGUGGAACAACAGGUUCAGAAGAAGAAACUCCAACAACAAAAGAAGUAGACACUACCACUACUGAAACAACAGGAUCAGAAGAAGAAACAUCUACAACAGAAGAUGAUGACACUACUACUGCGGGAACAACAGGCUCAGAAGAAGAAACUUCAACAACAGCAGAAGUAGACACUACCACCGGUGGAACAACUGGUUCAGAAGAAGAAACAACUGAUGCAGAAGAAGAAACCUCAACCACAGAUGAUAUAGACACUACCACUGAUAGAACUACUCGUACAGAAGAUGAAACACCAACAACAGAAGAAAUAGACACUACCACUGGUGGAACAACUGGUUCAGAAGAAGAAACAUCAACAACAGAAGAAAUAGACACUACUACUGGUGGAACAACUGGUUCAGAAGAAGAAACUUCAACAGCAGAAGAAGUUGACACUACCACUGGUGAAACAACUGCUAUAGAAGAAGAAACAUCAACAGCAGAAAAUGUAGAAACUACCACUGGUGGAACAACUGGUACAGAAGAAGAAACUUCAACAACAGAAGAAGGAGACACUACCACUGGUGGAACAACAGGAUCAGGAGAAGAAACAUCAACAACAGAAAAUACAGACAUUACCACUCCUGGAACAACUGGUUCAGAAGAAGAAACUUCAACAACAGAUGAUGUGGACACUACCACUGGUGUAACAACAGGAUCAGAAGAAGAAUCCUCAACAGCAGAAGCUGUAGACAAUACCACUAUGGGAACAACAGAGUUAGAAGAAGAAACAUCAACAAAAGAAGAUGUAGACACUACCACUGGUGGAACAACUGGUAUAGGAGAAGAAACUUCAACAACGGAAGAAAUAGAAACUACCACUGAUGGAACAACUGGUUCAGAAGAAGAGCCUUCAACAACAGAAGAAGUGGACACUACCACUGGUGGAACAACUGGUACAGAUGAAGAAACAUCAACAAUUGGUACAGUAGAGGAAAUUUCAACUACCGAUGGUAUAGACAGUACUACUUCUGAAACAACUAUUGCGGACGAAGAAACUUCCGAUGGAGUAGAUACAACCACUGGCACUAGUGUUACAACAGAAGAAGAUAUUUCAACAACAGAAAUAGUAGACACAACCUCUGAUGCAGUAGAAGAAACUUCAACUACUGUUACAGAUGAAGAAAUUUCGACCACGGAAGGAGUAGACGCAACCACUAGCACUAGUGAAACAACUGGUAUAGAUGAAAAAACAUCGACCACCGACUUUUCAACAACAGAAAAGUUGGAAACAACCACAGGUAUUAAAGAUGUAACAGGCACAUUAGAACCAACAUCAACCACUGUAGAAGUGGUAGCAUCUACCACUGACAGUAUAGAUACAAGCACUGUUACUGAUGGAACAACUAGUACAGAUGAAAAAACUUCAACCACCGAAGGAAUAGACACUACCAGUGAUACUGAAGGAACAAGCAUAGAGGAUGAAACUUCAACCACAGAAUUUUCAACAACAGAAAAAUUGGAAUCAACAACUGUUAUUAAAGACGUGACGGGCACAUUAGAACCGACAUCGACUACCGAGGAAGUGGUAACGUCAACCACGCACAGUGUAGAUACAAGCACUGAUUCUGGAGAAACAAGAUCAACCACCGAUGCUGUAGAGUUAUCGACAACUACUCUCGAAGAAACAUCUACUACUGAAGAAUUGGACACUUGUUGCGAAGAAGAAACUACAACAAAAGAAAUUGACAAAAGUUGUGAAGAAAGUGAGAGUUGUGAACAAGAAACCACUACAGAAAAGGUAGAUGCUACAACGAAAGACACUGACAAAAGCUGUGAAGAAAGUAAGAGUUGUGAAGAAGAAACCACAGAAGAGGUAGACGCGACAACGAAAGAAAGAGACACAAGUUGUGAAGAAAGUGAGAGUUGUGAAGAAGAAUCUACAACGGAAGAAGUAGAAACGACUACGAAAGAAACAACUUCAAGUUGUGAGGAAGAUGGAAGUUGCGAAGAAGAAACAACAACGGAGGAUGUAGAAACGACUACGAAAGAAACAACUUCAAGUUGUGAGGAAGAUGGAAGUUGCGAAGAAGAAAUCACUACAGAAGAUGUGGAAACGACAACUACAGUAACUACUACAAGUUGUGAAGAAGAUGGAAGUUGCGAAGAAGAAACCACUACAGAAGAUGUGGAAAUGACAACAACAGAAACAACUUCAAGUUGUGAAGAAGGUGGUAGUUGCGCAGAAGAAACCACUACAGAAGAUGUGGAAACGACAACGAAAGAGGAAACAAGUUGCGAGGGUACUGGAAAGUGCGAAGUAACAUCAACCAAUGACACAUCUAUUGCUCUACCUUGUAUGGUAAAUUCAACUAUAUCUAUUGGUAAUAAAACCGUAAUACAUGUGAGUCAUAACAAUACAUAUAAUGGACCAUAUGCUGAGGGAGAUUACUACCACCAACCGGUGCAUAAUUACUAUAACAUAGUUCCUAUACCAAUACCCGCAGAAAAUAUUACAACUAAACAUAACUCUAGUCUCCUAUAUGGAUUUUUCCCGCUUGCUGUACCAACAAACUCUUCCACAAUAUUCGAACUGGUUAAGGACUUUCUUGGUAAAUUAAGUUCAUAUAUUAGUGGUUAG